AUGGGUUUCAACAGCAAGUUCUUGUUUUCAUUGGUACUUUUGGCUGUCGCGGUUCCUUUAAUGGGGAAUGCUGUUGUUUGGAAUGUUGGUGAUGCUGCUGGUUGGUCUGGUCAGGCUCAAUUUGAUUAUGCUCACUGGGCGGCGAGACCAGCCUUUUUAGUUGGUGAUGACAGUCUUCGUUUUGUUUAUGAUCCCAACAUUACGAAUGUCUUAGAAGUCACUUAUUGUGAUUUCAAAUCAUGUGAUGCAACAUCUCCAAUCGCCACCUACGACUCUGGGGACGACACAGUUCCAAUAACAAAAGAUGGCCACCAGUAUUUCAUCAGUGGCAACUCUGUUGACUGUAGGAAUGGCCUCAAGGUUGAUAUUAUUGCUUACGAUUCACCGUAUCUUAGGUAUUGGAGGUCCGACGAUGGCCCCAAUGGCUAUAUCGCCAUACCCUACAUGGAACCUAGAGAAGACCAAACCAUGUCAUGUGAUUCGACCGGAGGGGCAGCAGCUUCGUCGCCAACUUCUACCCGGGCAGGAGGGGAAGCCAAAACUGUUAACAUGUCGCCUACUUGGUCUUUGCCUCCUACAUCUUCUUCUGCAUCUAAAUUUUGUUCCAACGGUCUUCUUCUUGUCUUAGUUGCGGCUCUGGUUGUUCCUACGUUAGGUUUUGUUUAUUAG